CGAUAUGUUACGUAGACAAGCCAGACAGAGAAGGGAAUUCAUCUAUAAAAAAUCUAUUGAAGCUCAAGAGAAAGAGUCCUACGAACGCAAGCAAAAACUAAAAAAUUCUCUAAACAAUCAAAAGAACUUACCAACUGAGCUACAAAAAGAUGCAGCAGAGCUAGGACAAGAGUUGAGAUACGAUGAAGCACAGUCUGAUCCAACGCAGUCUUUAGACGAUGAAUAUAAUAGAGUUGGUACUUACGAUCCAAAGAUUCUCAUCACUACCGCUAGAGAUCCGUCUUCUCGAUUAACUACUUUUGCAAAAGAAUUGCGUCUCGUUUUCCCAAAUUCUAUUAGAUUCAACAGAGGUAACUACGUCGUUAAGGAAAUCGCAGACGCCGCUAGAGCCAACCAAGUUACUGAUUUAAUCAUCAUACAUGAAACCAGAGGUAAACCAGAUGCUUUACUAUUAUCACACUUUCCACAUGGACCUACCGUCACUUUCACUCUUAACAAUGUACAAUUGAGGCACGAUCUCGCUGGUAGCUUAGAUAGUACCGUUUCUGAACAAUACCCUCACUUGAUCUUUGAGAACUUCUCAUCCAAAUUGGGUAACAGAAUCAUGAACACCCUCAAGUACCUCUUCCCUGUACCAAAGGAGGAUAGUAAAAGAGUUAUGACUUUCUAUAAUGACGCUGAUUUCAUUUCGUUUAGACACCACGUAUACGUUAAAACCUCACAUAAAGAAGUGCAACUCGCUGAAGUCGGUCCUAGAUUUGAGUUAAAGCCCUACGAAAUCAAACAAGGGACAAUCGAAAACACAGCUGCAGACACAGAAUGGGUUCUUCGCCCUUACCAACGCACAGCAUCAAGAAGGAGGUUGUUAUAGAUCCAUUUGUAAUUUAUUUAUUCAAGUUAUUCCAUAUAGAAAAUCACUUUAAAAUUGACCGAAUUGAAGCACUCUAUCAUCUUCUCUACCCGUCUGUCACCGCAGGAGUACGAUGUUCUACUAUGCCCAGCACUCUCCGGGUAUCUAGCACCCUCUGGGUCAGUCUUGAUAGGUUCGCAUCAGCUAUGAUAACAGCAGGUGUGAAAUCAACGUCAUGAGCUUCUUUUAUAGCCAAAGCUAUACGUUUAGCUUGCGUAUCAUUCAUGAUGACCAUAUCAUCUUCAUCCUGCAUUUUACGCGCUUCAUCCAAGGGUGUAUCCUCGGGAAGAUGAUGCCAACUGGCGGAAGGUACCAGUGUUGGCUCGCAGUCGAGUGCAAAUGCAACUGAUCUGCUAAGGUUGUUCCUAACGGGUUCGAAUCCAUCAGGAUCUGUUGGCUUAUCGACAAAUAUUUCGAUAGGUCCACAAGAUGCCAUAACAUUGUGUUUACCAGCAUGGUGAUAUCUGAAUUCAUAUCUACCAACAUUCCACGGAAGGCUGUUUGAACGGAAUGUUACUAUCCCCUUCUGGAGAUCUUGGCUAGAUGAGCCACUGGCAUUUUCAACAUGUGGUCUCUCAGGUACUGGACGUGCGCCAUCGAAUUCUUCCUCAUGAAUUGCUUGCCAUUUUCCUUGUGAGGAGAUUCUAGUAACUAGAUGGUCUUUGUUCGCACCAACGCGGUAUAC